ACCUCACACUCUCUCGCGCGAUGCUCUCGUGUCACCCCCUUUCGUUGUUCCUUCCUUCCUUCCUUCCUUCCUUCGUACUUGAUGUGCUUGUAGCUCUCGUUUAUACACGCAACAACCAUUAUUCCUUUUGCACUCGCUCGCUCUCUCUCUCUCUCUCGCUCUCUGCGUACUUUAUGCACAAGUGUUUCUCGCUCUGGGUCUCCUCCUCGUCGCCACUUUACACGGCGAUGAUGACGAUGGGAGCCCAAAAUCGAAGAAAGUACCUGAACCGCCUAAGUCUGUGUGUGAAUGACUAGCUUUGCAUUAUUUCGACAUUGUGCACCUCAAAUUAUGCACAAAUUGUGUGUAGCAGACUCAUUACUGAAAACCCCCUUUAGCAUCAAACUGACUGAUUGCCAGAAGAAACCGAGUGUGCCUUGCGCGAUGCAAACGCAGUGUAUUCCCACUCUCUCUCUCUCUCUUUUUUUGCUCUUAUAUCGGUGUGUCUCUCUGAUUGGACGGAAAAAAUAUUAAAGAAACGAGCUCGAUUGUUUUUCUUUUCCUGCAUAGCCUACUUGAUGUUGUUUGUUUGUGUGUGAACGUAUAUUAUGUUGCAUAGUAGUUUUUUUUUCGGUGUGAUUUUCAACAUUCAACAAUUUUCCUCGAUUGGGAAAUCCUUUCGCUCGCCACUUAUUUUGUGUUCUUGCAUUUGUUAAAUUCUCCUAAAUAAAAAAAAAAAAACAACAACCAGUGUCAGUGUAAAUACGCGUGCUAAUGUAUGAGUGUUUGUGAAAUCAUCAUCGAUUGAUCCUUCCAGUGUGCAAUAAUUGAAGAGUGUCCAAAAUUAAGAGUGCAACGCGAUCCGGAUCUGGUUCGAAGAAGCCUGAACCUCAUAAAAUGUGCACCACAAAAGCUGAACGGUUUGAUUUUUGACGAGAAUCAGUAACAGAGAUAAGAGUAAAAACAGUUAAUUUUGUUCAUGAUGGAUAGUAAAGAUCACCUCGCUUCGGAACAGUUGAUACUGUUGUCAUCAGACGACGAAAACGAUGGGGACGUGGUAAUCGAUUAUCUAAGCUCUGCCAACCAGCCACCUUCGCCGUCUUCGCAGCCACUGCUCGCACCGGUGACCACUGGUCUCCUGAGAUGCAAUGAACCAACAGCGACACCGCCGAAGGAGCUCCCUUCUUCCGUAGUCACCUACAACAAUAGUAAUAGUAGCAACAACGUUCACAACUACAACAGCAGCAUCGUUGAAAAGUGCAACAACAAGAGCAAACUGAGCGACAUCGUCAUCGACACGGGCAUCAACGCUUACGGUCAUUUGCAGCAGCAGCAGCAGCAGGGCAACCAGAAUUUUAACAACAGCAGUGUUGCCAACAACCAUCACGUCAAUAUGGUGCCAAUCAUCAGCGUUACCCCGCACAGUCCGGGUGCCAAGUACAACUUUCUCGAGGAUACCCUGAACCACCUACAAUGCAUUCGGGAAAGCGUGGUCCAGAUGAAGAACUCCACCAUCCAGAAUACCAACUUUGGUGGUGCCGGAUUUAUCGGAUCAGCGCUCUCGUCGAACAAGCUGUUCUCGUCCUGUCCUUCGCUGCCGGACCUGACGAUCUCGAACCCGGGGAACAUCUGGCCCCAUCAGCAAACCAUGUACGGUCUCAACACCGACCGGCGGAAGUCCUGGACGGCGAUCGAGGAUUUGACCGAGUGUGCCAAGUCUUCUCACAAGAGUGUCAGCCUAUCGAGCCUGGACAGCGAAGAGCAGGAAUCUCUGCGAGCCGCCGAGAGGUUGCACAACCGAACCAGUCGCAACAGCACCGGAGGGAUAUCGACGCACUCGCUCAACGAAGCUGAACUGGCGCGGGACUUUGAGAAGAUUGUAGCCAAGCGCAACCUGGCACCCACAGUUUGCCGGAUUCCCCUGCAGAAGAGCAUCUCGACACCAUCGAUCGCGCCGGUUCGCAAUCAGGGUGCCAAAGAGGAUACCGCCACACCUUCACGGCAUCUUUCCGACAGUGAAGAUGAAACCCACGACGAUCGAUCACUGCUUUGUGUGAGAGAUAAAACUGAGGGUUACACCGAUCACCCGGAGAAACGCCGGAAACGAGGUUCGCUCUUCUUUCGCAAAAAGAAGGACAAAGCCAAAACCAAGGGCCAGAAUUCCACCUGCGAUGCUUGUGGCGCGGUCAUCAAUCUGGCCACCUACAAAGAGCACGCCGUGGAAUGUAAAGCUAAAAUUGCAAAGAAAUAUUUCCAAGUGCAGCCCAAGUCCGGUUCCAACAAGAAGAACUCAACCAACAGCCACAGUUCCUCGCACCACGAUGAUCAAGCUAGAGACUAUUACGAUGGCCACAUACAAAAUGACAACUCAAACUACUCGGACGAUACGCCGCUGAUACGGGAUGAAUUUCUACACGAGGCACCAAUCGGGCCUCACGAUCUCGGAGCGGAACCGAUCCUAGGCGUAGCCAUCGACGAGCACGACUCGUGGAGUCCCAGUGUACCAAAGGAGAUCGUCAAAUCGCUCAAGGAUAAGCAGGUCAAACGCCAGGAGCACAUCUACGAGUUCAUAAUGACGGAGAAGCAUCACUGCCAAACCCUACUAGUCAUGCAGAAGGUGUUCGUCGAGAGCCUCCAGAAGCACUUUAGCCACCUGAACCUGGAACGGAUGUUCCCGCGGCUGCUCGAUCUGACCGAGCUCCACACGGGCUUCCUGAAGAAGCUUCGGCUGAAACAGCGCGAGCACCACAUCGUCGACAGCAUCGCCGACAUCCUGUUGGACUUCUUCUCGGCCAUGUCGGCGCAGAAGCUGAAAUCGGCGUACGGCGAGUUUUGCUCCAACCACCGAUCGGCCCUGAGUACCUUCAAGUGCUACAUGACCGGAGACAACACGUUCGCCGAGUGGUACAAACACUGCCAGCAGAAUCCCCUGCUGAAGAAGAAGGGCAUCCCGGAGUGCAUACUGUUUGUGACGCAACGGUUGACCAAGUAUCCGCUGUUGAUCGAUCCGCUGCUCAAAAGUUCCCGCGAGGACAAGAUCGAGCAGGAAAAGCUGCAGAAGGCGAUGCAGCUGGUGAAGGAAAUUUUGGUCGACGUGGAUGCCCGCGUAGCGGACAAAGAGAAGGAGGACCGUCAAUUAGAAAUCUUCAAACGAAUCGAUGCCAAGUCCUAUGCGAUAUUCAAGAAGGAUAAGUUUAAGAAGUCCGAUAUUAUUUCCAGCAAUAGGAAGCUGAAAUUUGAAGGGGUGGCCACGCUGAUGCAGGGUAGAUCCAAGAUGCAGACUGUUUUGGUGGUAGUCCUGUCGGACUGCUUGUUCUUCCUGCUGGAGAACUCCCACAAAUACUCGUUCUUUACUCCGGAAAACAAGGCCGGUGUGGUGUCGCUGCAAAAGUUGUUAAUCCGCGAGAAAGCUGGUACCGAAUCGAGGGGAAUCUACAUCAUCUCGUCCAAUCCAGCGUAUCCGGAGAUGUUUGAACUGAAAGUGCAAAAUCCAAAGGAUAAAAACGUGUGGAUACAAUCGAUAAGAGCUGCCGUUUUGGACUGCCCGUCGGACGAAUCCGAAGUGGAGGACUACAUGACUGCUGAACAACGCCAAAAACUGAUAGAUGCUAAGCAAGCCAACAUUCGUGAGAUUAUCUCGAUGGGGACGACCGAAUUGGAAGGCAAAAUGAGGCAAAAAGACUUUGAACAGGCAAUCCUGCUGGAGGAGAAGAUCGCCCUGCAACUGAGCCUGCUGCUGGACAACGAGCACAAUACGGAACAGCUGGGACCCACGGUGGAAGCAUUCAUCUCCAACUACGGCUCCUACCGGGAUCUGGUCUCGGAUGACUGUGAUACGAUAGAGAUUUGGAAGCGCGUGUUGAACACGAUUCAGGAGAUUAGCACCCUCGCAGCGUCCCUGUACACGGCGGCCACCGGGCUGCCACUGUCCCGGUCGUGCAGUUCGGUCGGCGAACGGCAAAGCGAGGUGUACAUUUCGCCUACAUUACCAAAGCGAGCGGAGACGUUCGGAGGAUUCGACGAGCGGAGAUCCAAACAGCAACAGAGUAUAACGAAUUCGUCACGAGAUGCCGUUCUAUCAACCCUCUCGGCGGGAUAUUUCACCAAUCGGGAAAGCUACGAAAAGCGUGAAUCCAAUGCUUCGGAGUUUGACGGAGGACCGUUCUCUCCCGGAGCACAGCACGCUCCAGUUAAACUGAAUUUGGACGGAUUGACCACCGAGCAAGCCAAGGACAACAACUACGCAGCACUUCACGUGUCCCACCAUUUGCACACAUUGCUGUGCAUAAUCUCCCAACAGAUGACGACGAUUCAAAGUCUGCAGCAUCAGUUGAAUUCGUUCCGGGAGAAUCCGAAGAACAUGUAUCGGCACAACGAUCAGCUGGAGGAACUUCGCAAUCUACAGGACAAACUGCAGGAGGAGAAGACAGCCUGGCAGAAGCAGAAGGAUACGGAGGAACGUGAACUGGAAGAGCAACGUCGGUCACAAAAGACCUUGCAGGACCAGAUUCGGGCCGAACAGGAGGAUAUCAAACAGCAACGGGAGCAGCUGUACCGAAAGAUGGAGAUUCUAUCCAGUCAGGGUCUAUUGCUGUCACCCAGUGUUGCCCUACCAGUUCCCGGCGGCGUCAUGCCAUCGCAGCACGAUGAACAGCCCAGUAAUAGUGAAGAGUACCACGUGGAUAGUGCGGUAAUGGCGGCUGGAUCGGGCUCUCAAUCUGUAAUAUCAACCAUCGAUCGAAGAAAGGACAAGUGGAGAACUGCUAGCAUCAACAAAUCUCCUCCCGUGAAUCUGGUCAGUGCAACAAAUGCACCAAAAGUCAACGCAGCUUCCAUCAAACAGCAGCUGCCGUUGAAGUUGUCCUCGCUGUCGAGCUCUAAGCCCAGCUCCAACAACAACUCGAUCUCGUCGCCCAGCGGAAGCAGUCCGAGCCUGAUGAACAGUAGUAGUGCCGGGAUAACGCAGAUGUUUCCACUCAAACUAGCCGAUAAGAAGCAGAUGAACUCGAGCUUACCAAAUCACUCACGAACCGGUAGCAGCCCUGCGGUAAUCCAGCAGCAGGUACCGGUUCAGACGGGAAACCCAGCCACGAGAACCAACACGUACCCGAAAAUCCCGGAACGGUAUCGGCUGCGAAGUUCGGACACCUACCAAUCCCCGCAGCACCACUACGGCGUCAGCAGCAGCCCGCAAUCGCAUCCGCACUCGCCUUCAUCGCCGUCGCCUUCGCACACAUCCUCGCAACGAUCGGCGUCGAUCCACGAGCAAUACCUGCAGCAACAUCAUUACCACAACCAAAAUCAGCAUCAACAUCAUCAUCAUCAGUUCCACCCGCAGCACCACUCGAUGCACACGACUCCGCUUUCCUCGCGCCACUCCAGCCUCCAGUCGCCUCCGCCGGUGGGUGGUUCGUCCUCGUCCCCAGCCGAUAUCGGUAACAUCGGCAGUGGCGGCGGUGGGGGCAACAGCAGCAAUAACAACAACGGCAGCAACAAGAAGGACUCCACCAAGGGCAAGGAGGAAGAGGUAAUCUAUUUUUGAUACAUGCCAGUUGAAGUCGAAAUAUAAUCACCUGGACGUGCUGGACUGGAUGCUGCUGUUUGCGCUGGUCGUCUCGCUGCUACUGUACGUUGUGAUUCUGAUCUUCCGACUGAUCUUUCCUGUGUGAUCUCACUCAGUUUCCUUUCCAUUGUUUUUUUUUUUAAUGCUAUCAACUGCUAUUAUUUUGAUUUGGAAGGCUCCCAGGUGGGCACGACGAGUUUUUAGGAUUUAGUGAAUGCAUUCCGAAAUUGUGUACAGGAAGGCGAAAUACUGACAUCAAUUAAAUUGAUACACAAUUGUACAAAAUUAUAGUUUUGGGUCCACCUGGGCGGAGAAAACCUUCCGCAAAGUCUCGCAAUGCCACGUGCAAUUUCCUUUCUUGUUUUAAGUACUAUUUUACCCCAACACUGCUCUUUAUUUAGAGCAAUUUGGAGCGAUUCAACUUAUGGCCUAUUUCUAAAAUAAAAAAAAAAACAUACAAAAGACAUCAGAAGCAAAUGAAAGCGAAAAGUGGACGAUAAACGACUUAAGUGAAAUGAAAAUUAACUCAAAGACUCAUAAAAUACGUGUACUUUCAAACAAAAAAAAAAUACAUUGUAGUAAACCAUCAGAGUUAAGACGUAGUGGGAUUCGUUAGAGAUGUUAAGGAAAAACUUGUUUAACUAGUAAUUCACAUAUCUGUUUAUGUUUAGCAAAAGGUAAAAAACAAGUGGGUUUUCGUAGAGAGAAUGUGACGUUUUCCAAUUCUAUUCUCUUAGCCAAUCCAUUUCGCGUUCGAUAUCACUUCCGAAUACGCACAACUACGAUUUCUAUCAAUAAGAAUUGAAGAACAACUCAUUUGCCAUUUCGCUCAUUCCGAAAAGUCGAUUAUGAUAAUCAUUCCACCUUGAUCUUGAUUCUUUCAGUGAUGGUAGUAGUGUUGUACUGAUUUUGACCGUAAAAGAAAACACAACAAAAAGACUCGAAAAAUUACAUUACGUGUGUGUAUAUGUAUAUAGCAGUAAUGGUUAUCUCUAGUUGUAAAUUGAAAACCAUAAUCAGACGGUAACAGUAGCGAAGGUGUUAGGAAACUCUCAUUCGCUGGAAAUCGAAAACGAUUGUCGAAUAUUACAAAACAACUUAAAACCAACAAGCAGUUAAACAAAACAAAACAAAACAAAAAUUCAAACUCUGUUUCCGUUUCCUAAUAAGCGUUUCUCUCGUCUCAUGUGAUCAAGUUGUUAGUUUUUUUCUACACAUACACACAAAUCAGCCGAUGUUAUAUAGUAAUAACAGACAAAGAGAGAGA